UCCAGACCAGACCGACGCGGACCGACGGCUCCGUCGCUUUUGGUUCCGGGUUCCCUCCUUGCCGGCGAAGACCACCGCGAAAUGUUGAGGCGAAGGCCGUCCGAGAGGGAGCAGGUGCAAAAGAAGAAGCUCACCCUGCAGAGGUCGAACAGCUUCAACUUCAUGAAGCCCAAAGUCACCUCGCCCGUCACGCCGGACAAGGACUUCGUCCCGGACCAGACCGUUGACGGCGACGCAGACGGAGAGAAAAGCGGCAGCAGACUGGGCAAGAAGUGGCGCAACGUCAUCUCCCGGACCAUGACCCGCAAGACCUCCAAGAUGGUCCAGAAGUAUCUGGCUGAGGAGGAGACUUUCCAGGGGGAGAGCUGUGAGGACAUGUCCCCCAAGUCCCUCAGUUGGGGAAGCCAGAGGACAUCCAUGUGCUCUACCGGCUCGGAGGACACCACGUCCAGUCCCGUCAUCAGUCCGCUUUUCAACAACGGCGACAGACAAAGCCUGGACAGCGGUUACUGCCAGAGGGACAGCAGGAGACUGGACGAGGACGCGGUCUCUUUCAACGGACCUUUCUGUGGUCGGGCCGUGGUGCACACCGACUUCACUCCCAGUCCUUACGAUGUGGAGUCCCUGAAACUUCAGAAAGGUGACAUCAUCCACAUCAUUGAGAAGCCUCCGGUGGGGACCUGGACGGGGAAACUCAACCAAAAGGUGGGAUCCUUCAAGUUCAUCUACGUCAACCUCCUGCCAGACGAGAGCCCCGUGGCCAGGCGCAGACGUUGUGACAGCAACACCAACCGGAACAAGUCUAAACCCUCGACGCUGGAGGAGGUCCUGGACUGCAUUGAUCUGACGGAGUUGACUUCCUUGCUGUCCAUGCACGGAUUCCAGAACCUGGAAGACUUCACGGGCCUGAGGGAGUCUCACCUCAACGAGCUGAACAUCACCGACUCGGAUCAACGCGCCAAGAUCCUGAGUGCCGUCGACCUGCUCCAAGACUCCGAGGAUGAAUCCAGUCCGCGGGAGGAAGAAGUGGAGGCGGAAGACAGAUCCGAGGGGAACGCCAAGGAGCCGAGGGACUCGGGCUGUUUUGAGAGCUCCGAGCACCUGGACGCGAGGCCCGGGGAGGCCAAACCGGACGAGGAGACGGAACAGGAGGAAAAGGUGAUGGACGAUGUCCAACGAGACCUGCAACAGCUCAACGCGCAAGACGCACGUUGAAGAUUCCGGAACGGUUAUCGUAAAUGUUUGUCACGGCGGUUAUGGGGAGUUUUUCGACAGAAGCUGCGAGAACUUUGUGUUGUGACGCCAACACAACUCUCCAGCCAGAUCUUUUGUAAACGAACUGCUUCGUGUUGUUUCCAUGAAAGUGUCCUUUUCGAAUCGUCAUUAUCUUCGAUCUUUGUGAUGAUUGCAUUUCACGCUUCACUCGCGAGUAGUAUUUUUUUUUCGUUACUUGUACUAUGAGAUUUAUUACACUCUUCCACGUGCUGUAAAUAUUCGUGAUGAAUAAAAUGAGACUUUUUUUGUAAUAUUUCCCAUUUGUGCAU